AUGGACGCAUAUGCAAUCUCCAGAUCGGACGUUUUCGAUGUCCGCGCCCUGUUAGCAGCUAAGAGACUCCCAAAUGAGCUUGUCCUUGCUAUCCUCGACCAUGCCCGAUACUGGGUGGAGGUGCGACAUGAGAAAGCCGUUCUCGACGCCCUCGUGCACGACGAACAUUCUUUGGAAUUCUCUGCUGCAUAUCCAUACAUGGUGAUACCGACGACGACAAGUACGCACGGUCCUUCUUCAGAGGUCUCGAAGCUCAGGGAAAUUGAGAUCAUUCUAGUCAGCCAUGAUCAAGGAUGGUCGACCACAGGCACGCGCCACACCUACCAGCAGUCGUCGUCAUUCUGGGAAGCAUCUAUACUCAGACCAAUCGCGAACGAUGAUGUAAACCAUGUUCCUAGGCUGAUGACUAAAUUCGAGGAGGAUCGUUCACGCAACGGAAACUACCGCAGCGUUGAGUCAGCGGCACAGGCCAUAACCCCAGAGAACUGUACCAUUUGCUACGUCGACCUGACCAGGACAUGGAACCGCAGCGACUUCACUGUCGCGAGAUGA